CGUGUCCUGAAGGCACCUUCACUCCUGGAAACAUGACUGGCCUCUGGAAUGAGAAGGAAUGUCUGCCUUGCUUACCUGGUCACUACUGCAGGCACGGGCAGCUGGAGGGGAAAUGUGCUGCUGGAUAUUUCUGCCUGGCUGGGAGCUCCCAGGCUGCUCCCCAGGGUCACAGCUUCUCCUGGCGCUUCCUGGCCGGGUGUCGCUGGGGUCAAGUGUGUGCAGGGCUGUGUCCUGCAGGUUUCUACUGCCUGGAGGGAUCUGAGGUGCCCCUACCAUGUCCUGCCAACACCCUUAGAGAUCUUCCAGGGGCUGUGAGGAGGGAGGAUUGCCUGCCCUGUCCACCAGGACGCUGGUGCAAAGCAGGGGACUCAGAGGCCCAUCCAUGCCCAGCAGGACACUACUGCCCUGGGGGCAAUGGCAGUGAGCACGGCAGCCCCCUGGCACCCCAGCAGUGCCCUCCCCAGACAUUCCGUGGGCAGCCGGGGGCUCGGAGCCCAGCUGACUGCCAGCCCUGCCCUCCAGGGUACCACUGCCCCCUGCCAGGUCUGACAAGGUUUGAGGAUUAUCCGUGCCCCCCUGGGUUCAGUAAAUCCCAAGCCUUGCAGGCCUGGCCUGUACUGUGGUGCUCUCACAGGUGUGUGUUUCCAUACUACUGCCCCCCUGGCAGUGCCCACCCGGUGCCAUGUGAGGGAGGGUCCAUGGCCCUGCCCCUGCCUGGUCUGAGGGACUCCUGGGAGAAGUUCUGCAGGGUCUGUGCUGCAGGGACCUACCGCAGUGCCCCCCUGCUCACAGCCCCCUGCCAGCCCUGCCCCGCUGGCUUCCUCUGCCCACCAGGCAGUGAGAGCUACCACCAGCAGCCUUGUCCCCGUGGCCACUACUGCCCUUCCCUGGCACCUGCCCCCCUGCCCUGUCCCCCGGGCACCCACGGGAGCAGCCACUUUGGGAAGCACAGAGGGGAUUGCCAGCCCUGUCCUGCUGGCACCUUCAACCACCUCCCUGCCCAGGCUGCCUGUUUCCCCUGUGGCAGCUCCUCUUCCUCUCAGCCUGGUGCCACCAGCUGUACCUGCCAUGGGCUGAACAGGGCUUUCCAGCAGUCAGAUGCCUCCUGUAUCUGCCAGGCAGGUUAUGUUUACUAUGAUGAGAGAGGCAAGAAAGACCCUGACAGCAACAGCGACCAGGACUGUCGACCUCAGGUGGACGAGCUCUGUGCCCCCGGGCAGGUCCGUCUGGCAGCCACACGACGCUGCGUCGUCCCCGCGCGCCACGACUGCUCCCCUGCCUGCGGGAGGGCGGGGGGAGAGCUCCACGCUGAGCUGGGCAUAUGUCACUGCAAGCAGUACAUCUCUGCUGAGGAGCUCUGUGACCAGCUGUGCCUGCUGAGAGCCCCACGCAUCUCCCUGGGGUUUGGCACCAACAGGGAGCUGCUCCUGAGGAUGGGUGAAGGAGAAGUGAGGGAAGUGGCAAAUGUCCUGGGCCCAGAUGAGCACGUGCAGAACAGCCAGAGGGUGCAUUUGGUCCUGUUCAGCCCCAGUGGAGUGCUGGGUUUCAUUGUCUCCAGCACAGAUGUUCUGGAUGCAUUUCUCGUGGGAGAUUUCCCAUCAAAUCAGCUGCUGCAGAAAGGUCAUCGAUUCCAGAGGACUUCCUCCAAAGGUACCCAGGCCUUGCCCCUGGUUCCCAACCCUGUGGUGUGUUUGGAAGCAGGAGACACGAUCCUUUUCCAGCUCAGCAUCGAUUCCCAGGAUCGUGCAUCCAGCCAUUACCCUGUUUAUCAGAAGCAGCAUCUCUAUAACAGCAACCCCAGCUGGGAUUUUGGACCCUUCCGAAGGCUGAACCACCUCAUCCAGGAGACUCAUCUCAACCUCUCCUGGUUUGCCCAUGUUUUCCUGGAGUCUGGCACAUAUGUUUUCAGGGAUAACACUGUCCAGGAGCACUUCCUGAUUGUGACUGUGAAUGAAGCCAAUGUGAGCUGUGACCCCAGAGCUGUGCCCUUCCAGCCCUCCUCUCUGUUCCAGCUGGCCAGACAUGGGGUUUUGAAGCAACAGGAUCUGAACUUGGCUCCCAACUGGGCUGCUAUCACAGCCAUCCUCUUUGUUUUGGGCUCCCUCACCGUGGUGCUGACAACCCUGGCCAUAGUGUUCCAGCCUGCUGGCCCUGCCAGCAGCCCCCUGAAGGGCUGGAAGCCACGCUGGAGGAGCCUGGGUGAGCCACACAUCCCACCAGAGUACAUCCUCCUUAAGGACAGCCUUCAGUUUUAUCAGAUGCUUGGUCCUCGUGGCUCUGGAGGAGAUGCUGCUUCUGGAGAGAAGGGAACAGCCCCCAGUGCAGGAGAGCCCUUGGCACGGAGGGUCCUGGAGGAUUUCAGCGUCCGCACCCUCUAUGACAAGCUGGAGGAUCAGAACCUGCACGUGGCAUCUCAGCUGGCAAAGCACAGGAUGGACGUGCUGGGGUUUUACAACAGCAUCAGCCACAGGAUUCAAAGCCUUGUGGACAUGGUGCAAGCACUGGACCCUGAUGCCCUGAAAAUCUUUGCCAGGCAAAGGAUUUGUGGGCACAAACCUGCAGACAACAGCGGGGCAGCAGAGGGUGAUGAACAGGGUGAGGAACACUGUGGCAACACCUUCCAGCCAGGUUCAUCAGGUGCUCCAUGGCAGGAGGUGAGAGAGUUAAUGAAAGCUCUGGAAGGGCUGCUUGGGAAUGCUCCGUGCAGGAAUGGAGCUGGGAAGGGAGAGAUGGAGCACCAGGUCCAAGCAGAGGAUGCAGUGCAGGUUGUGCCCUCCCUGGGCAGCCUGGCCAGUGACAGGAAAUCAGGAGUGCAAGGCCAGGAUCACGAGCUGCCUCAGCAAUGGGAGCUCUUCAGCAGGAAGGAUGCUUUUUUCAGCUUCCCUGGGCAUGAAGAGCAUGGUUUAGAUCUCCAGUUGCCUUACCUGACUGAGUUGGAGCUGGAGGGCCUGGUAGCAGCUUCCCCCCUUGCCAAGACCCUGUGUGAGAUCAAGCAAGCCUUGGUGAAUCUGCAGGAACCUUCAGACCCUGAUAAUCCAGGCAGCGACCAUCAAACCAGCGUGGGGAGCUCAGCCCUGCUCUGA